AUGGCCGAUAAAAAACACAAACAUGGUGUAAAGUUAUACGUUGUGUGCGAAAGUUCUGGUACUGCGUUACGAAUAAAAGUAUAUACGAGAAGUGGUGACGAUAUAAGUGGAAAAGGACAUGUAGAUAAAGUUGUCUUUCAUUUGAUGAAAGAGUUUCUAAAUCAGGGACAUUCUGUUUUCAUGGACAAUUAUUACAGUUCUUUUGGUUUAGUUUCAAAAUUGCUACAAUACAAAAGUUACUGUACAGGAACAUUGAGAAAGACAAGGAAAGGAAACAACUUGGAAGUAAUAAAAAAAAAAUUGACAGAAAAUAAAGUUAUUUCUCGAUUCAAAAACAAUGUAAUGAUAGGUAAAUUUAAAGACAAAAGAGACGUGUUAUUCAUUUCUAGUGAAUACAAAGCAACGUUAAAAGAAUAUGAAAAUAAAUAUAAACGAAAUAUUUUGGAACCAAUUGCGUUCCAUUAUUACAGCAAUUAUAUGAACGGGAUAGAUUGCAAAGAUCAAAUGCUGUCUUAUUAUUCUUGCUCAAGAAAAACAUUUAAAUGGUACAUCAAAUUAUGGAUUCAUUUAGUUGAAACUUUGGUUUUUAAUUCCAUCAAUUUAUACAAAACAUACUCACCGAUAAUAAGAAAAUUGAGUUUUAACGACUAUCGUCUAGAGAUUUUAAAAAACUUAAUUGGAAAACCUCGAGACAGAAGGUUGACAGCAUCAGAAAGAAAUGAUCACCUACCUGGAAUUUUACCAAGAAAUAAAAAUAGGAAAGUAAACAGAAAGAUUUGCCGAGAGUACUACAAAGAAGGAAAAUAUAAACGUAGUAAUUACCCUUGUCCUGCUUGUAUCGGUAAUCCUAGAUUAUGUUUGGGAGAAUGUUUCAAGUGCUAUCAUCAACCAACUAAUGUAUAA